UAUAGGAAUUCAAGCUAAUUCAGUAUAUUUACGUUUCUAUAAAUCCAUUAACACUAAAUAAUUUCAGGUUACAGGAAGCAUCACUGGAACACCUGAAGCACUGGACAUUGAAGUGUGAGGAGUGGAAGCCAGCAGCGGUGGAACCCGGCGGGCACCGAGAGCGACCUCGGAACAAUACAGCAGCAUGGAGAGCAGACGGGAGGUGCAUCUGCGUGAACCUCCCCUGCGUCUCACUUCAGACUUCCCACAAAUCAGCUCAUGGCCAGGUGAAUGAAUCCGAAAUUAAAAGAGCAAUAGUGUCCAUGCGAUCAAUGGGUGGGGUGAAAAUAAUAAAGUUUAAAAUGACACUAAAAGAGUAAUAGUAGGCUGUAAAAAAAAAGAGGCGGACUUAAAAGAAAAAACAAAAACAAAACAAAAAAGGGGGCAGUGCCGCGUCUCGCGGUGUGGGUGGGGCUGACAAGAAUGGACUACAUUAUGCAGUUCAUUUAGUUAACAAGUGAAAUAAUAGGGAAGCGUGCAGUGUGAAUGCUCAGAGAAAAGGCACAAAACCCUAUUGAGAGAGAGAGAGAGAGAGAGAGAGAGAUGCGUGGUCUGGAACUUAUUUAAGAGCCUCGGUGUUUCUCUGCUGCAUCACUCUGCUGUCCAUCACUGGAGAGACUGGACCUGUUUUGAAAAACUUUCUGCAUUCAUCCGCGUGCAGAAAAAAACUUUUGGCAAUUAAAAAAAAAAUAAUUCUCACUUUAAAGAAGUAGAAGAAGAAAAAGAAAGAUGCCACGGUCGUUUCUUGUGGACUCGUUGAUUUUGCGUGAGACCAACGAGAAAGGCAACGAGAACAACCCGCCCCCGCCGUUACUGCCGUACACGGUGCACCCAUCGCACGCGCUCCACGGGCUGUCGGCGGCGGCGGCCGCGUCGUGCCACGCGCGCAAGGCCGGCCUGCUGUGCUUCUGUCCGCUGUGCAUGGCGGCCGCGGCGUCUCAGCAGCUGCACCCUGCUCCCCCGGCGCUCCCGCUGCUCAAGGCGGCGGCCGCGGCAGCCUCGUUCCCAGCGGCUUUCGGCUCGCAGUGCUGCCCCUCCGCGCUCUCGCGGCAACACUCGCCCUCCAGCGGCGUGCACGUGAACCCCGGCGCGGGACUUUACCAGAGCGCGUACCCGGUCGCGGACCCGCGGCAGUUCCACUGCAUGUCUCUCGAUAACAGCAAUAGCCAACUCCAAAGCAGCAAACGCAUGCGCACAGCGUUCACCAGCACGCAGCUCCUGGAGCUUGAGCGGGAGUUCACCUCUAACAUGUACCUGUCCAGACUGCGGCGCAUCGAGAUCGCCACCUACCUGAACUUGUCCGAGAAACAGGUCAAGAUCUGGUUCCAAAACCGACGUGUCAAGCACAAGAAAGAAGGCAAGGGAGGUUCCCACAGAACAGGUUCUCUGCACUGCAAGUGUUCGUCCGCGCGGUGCUCCGAGGAGGAGGACGACACGCCUAUGUCACCUUCAUCGUCAGGGAAGGAGGACGCUGAUCUUUCUGUUAGCCCGUGAACUCUCAGUAAAUAAAUAUACAGGGAUUGCUCCAUAGCAAACCACCUGCAGAGUUAUUAAUUAGCUCUUUGAUUAGCCAAACCAGGUGCUAAGAUUUAGGGGUUGGAGCUUGACUUGGAGCUGGAGUGUGCCGGGGUUGUGCUCCAGAAACAAGAAACGUUAGCAUGUCUGAAAACAUAGUCAGAUAGUUUAGGCUUGUCUGGAUGAAAAUAGCUAACUUGUCUCUUCAUUUGGUUUGGUACAAAUCUCACCUGUACCUGUACGUUAUCUUGUCACUGGUUUAGUACCAUCAAGGGUAUAUCUUUUGUACCUAUAGUGUGUAUCUUCACACUAAAGGUAUAUAUAAACCUACAUCAGUGGUUCUUAAGGUCCGAAAGUACUGAUGGCACCAUGACAGUGACAGGUAACAGUACACUCUAGUACCAUUAGGCUAUUUCUGAGAGUGUAGUUGAUAGUGGGCUGCUCUUCGUCUCUGUAUGGACAAAUUCCGGACAAUUAAUUUGGAAGAUCAUACACAUAACAAUUUAAAAAUUCUCCUAAGGUUCCUGAUGCACUGAGAUAAAUUCUGCUUGCUAGUUUUAUUGUAUGGCGUCAGAUGUAUAUAGGUUAGUUGUGGACUAGAUGUGGAGAAAAAGUUCAAAUCAUCCAGCAAGAGAUAUAAAAGCCCGCUAAAUCACUUCACCUACUCAGAUCUUCUUGCUAAUUUUACGAACUGACCGACUCAAAGUCAUCUGAUUCAAAAUGUCUCUGUUUUCUUAACUUCAUCCUCUUAAAAUUCCUAAGUGCCAAAACAUUUUAAAAACUUUAUGAAUUAAGUGAGAAGCUACAUAAGGGUUUUACCUCACAGAUUCUGUGGCUAAAAUGACCAAAACCCUCCUGAAGUUCAAGAAAGAAAAGUGGCUAGUUGUUAUAUUAGCCAUGAUGCUGAUUUUCUGUUUCUCUUCAGGAGGAGUAUCAGUUAAUAACAUAUUUCCCUGAAUAUAAAUAAAAAAAAGUGAUUGUAUGUGUGUAGGUACUAAAGUCUGUAAAUAAGAGAGAGAGAGAAAAAAGAGGUUUAUAUAAAUUAGGGGCUCGCACGAGCGACUCCAUUAAUCCUGCUGUAUAUAAUUGUAUACAUGUUGUAUGAUGUUGUAUGAUUGUAGUUCAUUUUUUUCUUUAAAGAACGUACGCCCAAAAGGUUUUGAUAUCUGUACGAAAAUGGAAGAUAGUCUGUCCUUAUUCCUUUCUGAUUUAUCUUUUUACUUUUUUUUGGUAAAUUCAUAUCAGUCGAGAUGUUUGAGUGACGGCUGAAGGUUUCUUCCUCUCAGCAUCUCGCCACCUCUGAUUGUAUGUUUGGUGUCAUGAGAAUAUUUAUUUAUUUAAAACGAUAUCACUGAAAAUAAAGAAUAUUUCUUUCUAGUCAUA